AUGAUGUACGAUUUCGGGGAGGCUCGUGAGAACGAUGUGAUCAGGAUGGAUCGGAACGUGACAGGGUUAAUCCAGACGGGGAUCCGCGGGGUUGGGCGUCUCUUUUACAUAGUGGAUCCGUGGGAAACGACAUUCGAGAAGCCAGAGGAUGUUCCAAACUAUAUAACUCAGACGGUUCCGUAUUUCGCUCUGGGGAUCAUCUUGGAAGAAAUGAUCCGUUGGAAGCAAGGAAGACGUCUCAUUCGAGUGGACGAUGGCAUUGUCUCCCUAGCUGGGGGAUUGCUCUUGGAAAUCACACGUUUCGUCAUGCCAUUGUCCAAUGAAGAUCGUCGGUCGGCUGUGAUCAGUUUGCACGAAGCUGGGAAGUCUCCCACCGAGAUUUUCCGACUGCUCCAGAACAAUGGCUACAACCGGAACUUCAUCAAACGUACAAUUCAGCGGUUCCUUGAGACAAACUCUACAGAAGAUCGUCAUCGAUCAGGUCGACCG